AUGACGGAUCUCCCCCAAACCUUUCAAGAUGCCAUCAAAGUCACACGAAGCCUUGGUAUUGGGUACCUCUGGAUUGAUUCGCUCUGCAUCGUCCAAGAUGACCCUGAAGACUGGAAGAUGGAAUCUCGUCUGAUGGAGCAGGUUUAUAGUUCAGCCUACGCGACUCUAGCAGCUAGCUGCGCAAGCGGAACCGAGGAUGGCUUUUUAAAGCCUCGGCCAUGGAGACAUUGCGUUACGUUAGAGUCCGGCAGGGGCUCUUACUACGUCUGCGACUCGAUCGACGACUUUGGGCGAGACGUUGAACAGGGCGAGCUGAAUAAGCGCGCCUGGAUUCUCCAAGAACGAGCUCUAUCCCGUCGCACAAUCUACUUCUCGGAAAAGCAGACGUACUGGGAGUGUGGAAGGGGUGUAAGGGGUGAAACAAUGACGAAAAUGAGAAACCGAAAAGCCUCCUUCCUGGGGGAUUCGGACUUCCCCCACUCCAUUGACACCUACGUACGAGGAAUGAAAAUUGAGCUUUACCAAGAUCUCUACCAGAAGUACUCGGGGCUAGCACUUAGUUCGAUCGGUGACAGGCCUGUUGCCAUCCGCGGGCUUGAGACACGCCUCAUCCGCACUUUCAAAACUGUCGGUGCUCAUGGAGUCUUUGAUACCUUUUUUCAUCGAUGUUUGCUAUGGCAAAGAGCGAACCGGAGCCUGAAUCGGAUCGACUUGGAAUUGCUCAGGGGCGUUCAUGUUCCUUCAUGGUCAUGGAUGGCUUACGACGGUGAGAUCAGAUACAUGAAUGUUCCCUUCAACAGGUAUUCAUGGGAAGCGGACAUCAUCUCACCGUUUAAAGGUUGGUCAUCUCAAAGCACGAAAGAGACAGGUGAAGCAGAUGCGGUCUGUGAGAUCAAGGCGCCUGUAUGGGAAUUUGGCGACUCGAAUGACCUCCAGCUGGAACUUGACACUCCAGACAGGACAUUAUCCAACCUCAAAUGUGUGAUUGUGGCGAGAAGUAAGGAUUUACAAGGCAAGCCGCAACAGUCACAUUACAUAAUAGCUGUGGAAUUUGUCGCGAAUGACGGGCCCUACGAGGUGUAUGAAAGAGCUGGGGUUGCGGAGGUCAGAGGAGCGCAGAUUGCGUUUAACAGGGGAAGUCGGGCGGGCGUUCUCAGAUGA